AUGGAUCCAAACAUCGAGGAGCAUCUUCAGCUCAAGGCAUUUGAGGGCAAGUUCGACGUGAAGGACUUCAUUGGAUCGGUCUCCGAACGUCUCAUUACCCAGUCCAAGUCUGAUGCAGGCCCAUUUGACCCGAAACCCUUCAUCCGGACUUUCGAGGAGGCCGUAGACAGGCUGAUCAAAGUGCGAAAGGAUGUGCAGGCCCGGACGGAGCAGCUCGAGAGGACGGUCAGGACUGCUGAGCGGGAGUACUCCAAGAAGAUGGCGGACCUGAAUAAGGGCUUUGAGGCCGUCGGAAAUUCAUUCUCAGGUAUGGAGGCGCGCAUGAACGAGGUCGGACGGACAGCUAUCAGGAUUGGCGAGCAGCUCGAGUCCGUCCACCUCGAACGGCAACGCGCACAAGCCGCCUACGACCUGAUCGACUACUACAACCAAUUCUCUCGCGACGACACCUCCAAACUCGACGCUCUAAAGAAGGAAGGCAGGGAGGGGCGCCGACAGGUCGCUGUCAUCCUGCGCCGCCUGAGCACAGUCGCGAAGGAGGUCGACCUACCCACUGCUGAGAAGACAAGGGAAGCUAUCGACAAGUACUGCGAGAAGUUUGAAAAGGAUAUGCUGUACCUGUUCGAUAGGUGCUACAGGAAGGGGGAUCCGAAGAUGAUGCACCACUGCGCGCAAACUCUGCUGGACUUCAACGGAGGGGCAUCCUGCGUGCAAGUCUACGUCAACCAGCACGACUUCUUCAUCAACCGAAUACGAGAAACCACGACCAGCAACGAUACCAUCUUAUGGCAAGCGCUUCCCGAACCUGACAGCAUCCCGCCCAAGACCGAGUCCGGUCUGCUGGAGCUCUUCGCCGAGAUCCGCACGACCGUCGGCCAGGAGGCCCAAAUCGUACAAGCAGUAUUUCCCAAUCCUCCCUACGUCAUGCAAGUAUUCCUCCAACGCAUAUUCGCGCAAUCCAUCCAGCAAUACGUCGAGCAGCUGCUGAACAAAGCAGCGACGUACUCCGACCUCGCCUAUCUGCGCAUACUGCAGCUCGUGCACCUGCAGACCUCGCUCCUCGUCGAGGACCUCAAGUCGUACGAGCUGCCCUCCGUCACACCGCGCUCGCCCGUCGACGCAGCUGAGUUCCGCCGCUCGAUGCUCGCCGCGCCGAGCGCGUCGGGGGCGGCGGCGGCCACCACCGCGUCGCUGAGCUCGAUGCUCGAGGGGGUCAUGGAGGAGCUGUUCGUGCCGUAUACGGAGGGCCAGCGCUAUCUUGAGAAGGAGAGCAGGAGCUUGGGGGAGCUGUACUCGAGCCAUCUCGCGAAUUUCACGCGGUACCACGAGAAAUCACACAAAGGCCCUUCCUCGAUGUUCAACCGCAUGAUGAACCAGCUGAGCGCGGCGGCGAGCGACACCUCAACCGCUGGCGGUCUGACCUCCUCGUCCGCGCAGGCCGCUGCCUCGGCGUUUAUGCGCUUCAGGGGCAUCACCGCGGAGAAGAAGCAGGAGCCGCCCACGGAGGAGCCCCUAAGGGAGGAAGACGGGCAGCUCAGCAUCGAGGUCGCAGAAAAGAUGCUGAAGUGGCAUGCGGAGGCGAUUGGAAGAUGUGUAGAGCUUACGCCGAAUAAUGAUGUCCCGAAGCAUACAUUCGCGUUGUUGAGAGUGCUAGCGGAGGCGAUUGGCAGCGCCUAUAUCGAGACUGCGCUCGAGACUGCCCUUGCACGCCUGGAAGCCGCCGAUCCUAAGGCUGAGCCUAACCUGCAGCUCCUGUCCGUUCUGCGAUCGGUCGACCUCAUCUGCCACCUAUGGCAGCAAUACGUGAACAUCGCGCUGUUCCCUCUUGCAAGCUCUUCCGUGACCGUUAGGCGGGAGAUGGUCGUCUUCAAUAACCAGACGAUCAGCCGCAUCGAAGGGACUGCGAACACGUUCAUGCAGCGCAUUACCGACUCCGUCGUGUCCUGGCUAUCUGCUCAGCUGGCUAAGCAGAAGAAGAACGACUUCAAGCCUCGCAACGACGACUUGCGUACGUCGAACACAGAGCCCUGUGUUGCGUGCUGCGAGAUGCUAGAGAAAGUAUGUGAGGCUGCGAAGCAGAAUCUCAGCGGUAAGAAUCUGGAAGUGUUCUUGACGGAAGUGGGGAAUGCCUUCCACUGCUUGCUUCUGGAGCAUCUGCGGAAAUUCCCUGUCAAUGCUACCGGUGGUAUCGUCCUGGUGAAGGACCUGAAGGCAUAUCAAGAUAUAAUUGAUACAUUCUCCAUCCCUGCACUGCACGAGCGUUUCGAGUUCAUCCGUCAACUCGGGAACAUAUUCCUACUCGGCCCCGAUAUCCUCAAGUCUUUCAUCACGGACAGCUACCUGGGUCGCAUCGACACGGCCUUGCUACGCCCAUACCUCGCCCAACGAAGCGAUUGGGGUCAGUUUGGGAGCGGCUUCAACGACGAGGGUGAGGAUACCGUGUCUGGGUUGCCGGAAAGCAAGGGUCUUAAGGGGCGUCUGGGGGUCGGACGCCUCAGUAUGAUGAUGAAAGACCUGGAGGGGCUGCGGUUGGGCGAGGGGAUGACGAUGAAUAUGCCCAGUAUACCAAGUGGUUUCACGGGAAGCUUUUCCCUUUCAGCCAGAGCGUUUGGCGCUGCGUUACCCUAA